AUGACCAUCCCGCAGGUAGAGUUGACCGACCUCACGUUUGAGCACUACCGCAGUGCGUUGGGGGUGGGAUACGCGUCCCCGCGCCUGUCUUGGCGGUUCGCGUCGACCGCGAACGACUGGCUGCAGACGAGCUACGAGGUGCGCAUCACACGAAGAGGAGAGGACAGCAAGACGUACGCUGUCGACUCGGGCGACUCGGUGCUCGUGCCCUGGCCUUCAGAGCCGCUUGCUUCGCGGGAAGCAGCGACGGUCGCCGUGCGCUCGAGGGGCUCGGACGGCCAGUGGACGGCAUGGGUCGAGUCGACCGUCGAGGCCGGCCUGCUGCACCGCGCCGACUGGACCGCCCAGGUGAUCCUUAACAAGGACACGGAGUACACUGGCGCCAAGCGCACGCGACCCGGCGACGAGGGGCGCAACUUCACCGGCGACCUCGAGGUCGAGGAGAGCGGGCUGCGGCCCUUUCGCACGCGCACAGUCGUGCACUUGGAAGAAGCGCCCACCCGUGCGCGCCUGUACAUCACCGCGCUGGGCCUGCACACGACCUACGUCAACGGCGAGCGGCUGCCCGACCUCCUCGAGCCGGGAUGGACGGCGUACGAAGCGAACCUCAACUACAGGGUAUACGACGUGACUGCGCUCCUGCACGAGGGCGACAACAUCCUCGGCAGCUGGGUCGGCGAGGGGUGGUACGCUGGCCAGAUUGGCCUGCGCGGGCUCCUGCGUAACGUGUGGGGCAGCGCCGCGGGCCUCAUCGCCCAGCUCGAGGUGGAUGGGGAGGUCGUGGCGGCGACGGACAGCAGCUGGCGCUGGUGCUACGGCGCAGUGACGCAGGGCGAGAUCUACAACGGCGAGACGUACGACGCGAGGAUAGAGGACGAGGCGUGGAAGUUUGACGUGGAGAUGUUUGGCCAGUGGAAGCCAGUCACUGUGCGACCACUGCCGGACGCCGAGCUAAACGCGGCCGAGAUCCCACCGGUGCGAGCGUACGCCACGCUGCCUGUCAAGGAGGUGAUCACGACGCCGUCCGGCAAGACGGUGCUGGACUUUGGGCAGAACUUUGCCGGCUUUGUGCGCGUGCUCUCGAGCCCGCUAGACGCCAAGGUCAUCAAGCUGCGGCACGCCGAGGUGCUCGAGGGCGGCGAGCUCGGCGUGCGGCCGCUGCGGAACUGCAAGCAGACGGACACGCUUGUGCUACCGCAGGGCGGGAACAUUACCGGCUGGUCGCCCCUCUUCACGUACCACGGCUUCCGGUACGUCGAGGUCAGCGGGUGGGACGAGAUCACGGCGGAGGACAUCGAGGGCGUGGCCAUCUCGUCCGACUAUGAGGUGACGGGCGCAUUCCAGUGCUCGCACGACCUCUUGAACCGGCUGCACGAGAACGUCAUCUGGUCCACGCGGUCCAACACCAUCUCGCUGCCGACCGACUGCCCGCAGCGCGACGAGCGACUGGGCUGGACGGGCGACAUCCAGGUCUUCGCGCCGACCUUCUCGUUCCUGUUCGGUGCCGCGGGGUUCCUGCGGAACUGGCUGCGCGACGUGCGUGCAGACCAGCGCGACGGCCUGGUGCCCAUCACUGUGCCCAACGUGCAUGCGAUCAAGCUCAGCCGCAUGCCGCACGCCGUGUGGGGAGACGUCGCAGCGCUGCUCCCGAACGACCUGUACGAGUGGUGCGGGGACAAGGAUGUCGUGCGCGAGAGUUUGGAUUCGGCAAUCGCGUGGCUCGAUGCCAUCCCGAGGGAUAAGCGUACCCAGCUGUGGGACCGCAAGACGUUCCAGUUCGGUGACUGGCUUGACCCCGCCGCCCCGCCCGCUCACCCGUGGAAGGGCCGGACCGACACGCAUCUUGUGGCCGACGCGUAUCUCAUCCACACCACGCGGGUGGUGGCGAAGCUCGCGCGGGUGGCGGGCAAGACCGACACCGCCGAGCGGUACGACGAGCAGGCGGCGUCGCUACUCGAGACAUUCCACACCGAGUACCUCACCUCGGCAAGCCGUAUCGUCAGCGACACGCAGACUGCCAUCGCGCUCCUGCUGCAUUUCGACCUCGUUGACGACAAGGUGCCCGGCCAGCGGGAGGUACUGUCACAGCGACUCAAGGAGCUGGUCGUCGCCGAUGCGUGGCAAGUGUCCACAGGCUUUGCGGGUGGGUCAGGGAGAUGGGCCCUGCUGACGGCAGGCACUCCCAUCAUCCUCCACGCGCUCGGGGCCAACGGGCACCUGGACCAGGCGUACCGCAUGCUUCUGAACAAGACGAGCCCGUCGUGGCUGGCGCCGGUGCUCCUCGGGGCGACGACAAUCGUAAGUCUCCCCGUUGUUGUCGCCGCUUACACCCAGUGGGAGCGCUGGGACUCGAUGCUGCAAGACGGUACCAUCAACCCGGGCCAGAUGACGAGUUUCAACCACUAUGCUCUGGGCUCGGUCGCGUCGUUCCUCCACUCUGUAGUGGGCGGCCUGUCGCCCCUCGAGCCGGGGUGGCGGAAGACCCUCAUCCGCCCCCAGCCAGGCGGCAACCUCACGCACGCGACAGCGUCCUUCUUCUCGCCGUACGGCCAGGUGUUUUGCUCGUGGAGCAUCGAGGGUGACAAGCUGAGCGUCACGGCUCAGGUGCCGCCCAACAUGACCGCCCUGGUGCAGUUGCCCGGCCUCGAGCAGACUGUCGGGUCGGGCGUGCACUCGUUCGAGGUGCCGUGGGUCGCGGGUGACUGGCCGCCCAAGUUUGAUGCGCCGGCGGUACUCCAGGCGCCGGAGGAUAACUGGGUGAGGAACUGA